AUGUUUACGAACAGCUUACAUCAAAACAACACAAAAAAUUUGUAUGAACGUACAAAGAACAGGAAAUUUUCUUUUCAUAAUAACUCCAAAGAAAAUGUGCGCAAGUCUUCUUUACCAAUGCAACUUGACCAUGUUGAUCAGUACUAUUUCGAAUCAAUGAAAUCGUGUCCAACAUCAAAAUAUUUUGAUGAAAACCCGUUAAACCCUAAAACAUGUUAUCGUUAUUAUCAAAAACCACUUACUACUACUAUUACUACUACUACUACUACUUCUACAAGUAGUUCAUAUGUUUCAGCGGAAUUUCAGAAUUUACAACCACUCUGUUGUUUGUGCUGUAACAACAAUGAUGAUAGUAAUCAUGAUAAAAUUUCUGUACAUUAUUUGACCAGUUGUUGUAAUUCAAGAAAAUUCCAACGCGUUGUACAUAAUCUAAUAUUGAUUUCACUAGGCAUUUCAAUAGUUUUUUCGAUAAUACUCUCUUUGCUGGGUAUUUUUUUAAAUUAUCGUUCAUGUUUAACAGCUGGUUGUAUUCUAGGCAUAGCAAGCUUUGGUGCAUUAUUACACGGUUGUUUAAGACAUCGUACAUUGCCGAAUUCACCAAUACCUAUUAUAUUAGGCCGAUCAUAUAUGCAUCCUAUAAUGAAUAAUAUACCAGUAUCAGUGAAUCAACUUUUUAUAAAACAUCAACAAUAUCCUCAAAGACUACUACAACAACAGCAACAACUUUAUGAUUUUUCAAGGAAUGUUUUAAUUAAACAUCCAUAUUUUAUAUCCACAGAUGAUUAUUGUACUAACAAUCAAGAUUAUAAGAAUUCUAAGAAUAAUCGUAAUGAAAAUAUGGAAAUAUUUAAUAAAAGAAAUCUCGAUAAUUUGUGCAAUACUUAUCAACUAAAGUCGACCAAUGAUAUGGAGUAUAGUCAUUCAGCAAACAAAAGAAAUAUGGACUAUUCAAGUGAAUCACCAUCAAUUACAUGUUCAGUAUCAGGAAACGUAGUGGUAACAACAGCAAACACAACGGCCUCUCCACAAAAAUGCAAUGAUGAUAAUUACAGUAACAAACAAAACACAUAUCUGUGUAAGAAUUCGUUAAAACCUAAUGAUUGUAAAUCAGUAAUUUCUACUGAAUGUGAAAUAUGUCGAGUUGACUCAUCAAAUAACACGAAUUACAAGUAUAAAAAAAAUAAUGCAGAUUGCACUCAUUCAAACAAUAUAAUCAAUGAAUUAAAGAAUAAUACACCGCGAUCCAUUUCAUCGAUUCGAAUUAACAAUGCACGACGACCUGAAUCCAUGUAUCUUGAUUUACGUGAUCUAGCUUUACCAACAGAAAUUAAAGCGGAAUCACAAGAUCAAACCAAACAUACGAAACCCUCCCAACAAAACACAUUUACUCACGUACAACACAAUCUUUUAAAUUCAUGCGACACUGGAACCGAUAAACAGUCGCAUUCAUAUUAUUUUGAACCUUCAUCAUUUUGUGGCAAACAAAAUCUUCUGAAUCAUAAUAUUAAUAUUAACAAACAAGUAAAAAGCUUAAAUUAUUUAAUGAUUUAUCCAAAGUUUAAAUCAAGAAAUCAAAUAAUGUUAAGUAAUUAUUCAAAUUUCUUGAAUGGAUUAUGUCAUCAUGUUAAUCAGUCACAGCGACAAAAUUAUCAUAAUGAACGGUAUGAUGGAGAAUACAAUCAUGAUAUAUUCGGUCCACGUACAUGGCAAAGUUGGGGAAAUUGAGUAAAUUAGUAAUCAAACAAAAUUUUUAAACAGCAUAAUACUUGUAUGCAUCAGUAUUAUGAUGAGUAUCAACGAACUAGUUAAACGAUGUGUAGUGAAUUGAACCUAAUUGAAGAAUUAUUGGAAACUAGACCAGAUAUAUCAGAUGAUUAUGUUCAUUGAUUUAAAGUAUCUCAUUAGUGAUUACAUACAUUUUGUUUAGCUUAAAACAGAUCCCUUUCCUGAUAAAGUUCAUAUUACCACUGAGAAGUUGAUCUAUCUUAUGGAAGAAAUGUUAAUUGUGAUGCAGCAGUUGGUUGGAAUGACAUAUAGUAUAAAUGGUUACUUAUUUUGUUAUAUCAUGAUCGACUUCUCGGAAUUAUUGAACGAAUAACAAGAACUGUUUGUACUACAUCCGUCAAGAUAAAAGUUUCUGUCAUCUG